AUGGCUCGCUUCCGCCCGCUUUCCAUUGCUAAGCGCAGAGACCACAGACCGUCGACGCCAGAUACGCUCUACACCAUGUCGUCCAUGUCUUCGUCAGGUAGCCACUGCAGCAGCAAUGGCAGACCUCUGAGCCGGGAUUAUGAUACUGGCUUCCCAGAGCUGCCCAGGACAACAACAUGGAGACACCCCGAAGCAAAUACAUCACCGGAUGCUUGCAUCUCGGCCGAGGAUAUUGAUCCCGCCAAGGCCCUGCAACGUCACCACAAGCACUUCCUCCACAGCAAAUAUAAGCGCACCACCAGCCACGGCAGAAUCACAUCCGAGAUGGAACUCGAGUUCCUCAAAUCCCAGGAAGCUCUCAACUCGACAGACAGCGCAAUUGGCCUCGAGGAUGACCAUAUUUUGGUUGUCGAUGAUGCAGCGGCCAGGCCCUCUAGUAGAGAUGGUGCUGAGAGCAUCGUGAUCCCCACCGAUGGUUUCCUGAAGGCGGUCGAACGACCAUCCAGUCCUACAGACUCCCAGUAUAGCCGAAGUGGAGAGUCGUCGCGGCGGAGGAGCCUCUUUAGCCGUCUACGCCAUCACAAACAUUAA